AGUAGUAAUCAUGGGACAAGAAGUCAGUCAGCAUGAGUUAUUUGUGGAACAGUUAAGAGAUGCACUCAAGACGCGAGGAGUAAAGGUCAAAAUUAAACAGCUAUUUCAAUUUUUUGACUUCUUAAAAGAAGUCUGUCCUUGGUUUCCUCAAGAAGGAACCAUAGACGAGAAAAGAUGGAAAAGAGUAGGUGAUGCUCUAAAUGAUUUUUAUCAGACAUUUGGACCUGAAAAAAUACCAGUCACUGCUUUCUCCUACUGGAAUCUCAUAACUGAUAUUAUUAGUUGUCGCGGUGUUUGUCCCGUGGUUGUGGAUGUCAUAAAAAAGGGAGAAGAACUGUUACUUCACCACAAAGAAAAAGAUAUUAAAUCCCAAGAUCUGUCCCAGGAUCUCGGGACUGCUGGGGGCACUCCUCCUAGCUGUCAGCUUAAUGAGCAAGAAGAUCUUAUCUCACUAGAGAGUGAUGAGGAACCAAACAGAGAGAAACAAAAGGCUCCUGCUGUCCGGCCGAAAGUUAAGCUGGAGAACAAACCGAAAGUAAAACAGCCUAAGGUCAAAGUCCCGGAGCCAAAUCGAAGGUUCUACCCAGACUUGAAAGUUUUCAAAAUACACCCUGAUGAUAAGCUUUCAGAUGCGGAAUGGAAUGAGUUAGAGAAGGAGACGGCCAAGUAUUAUAAUCCAGAUUGGCCCACACUUGGAAAACGGCCUCCCUCGUAUAGCGCAGUGCCCUCCGCGCCGCCCAUGGCAAUGGCCACUAUAGACCCAAAAAGGGAUCUAGAGAACAAAAUUGCACAUUUACAAGAACAAAUAAAACUUGAGAGGGAACAUCAGGAGCUAAUCAGUGAAUUAGAAAAGCUUAAAACAGGCAAAUUGGACCACAAGGAGCAGAGGCCUCGAGAACAAGAAUUCACUGGCCCCAUAUCCCAAUCUCCCGUUAGGGGUGUAGUCAUGAGGAGGCCCCCUGUUAACCAGGAGAGAAAAGAGGCAUUCCCGGUCACAGAGACCACGGACAAUCAGGGUCAAGCAUGGAGACAUCACAGUGGAUUUGAUUUUCAGGUGGUUAAGGAAUUAAAAACAGCAGUGACCCAAUAUGGAGCCACUGCUCCCUAUACACUAGCUAUACUAGAAUCAGAAGCAGAGAAAUGGCUCACCCCUGGCGACUAAUAUACCCUAGCCAGGGCUGCCUUAUCCGGGGGAGAUUACCUAUUAUGGAAAUCUGAAUAUGCUGAAUUUUGCAAAGACACUGCUAAAAGAAAUGUUCAGGCAGGAAAUGGCUGGACUUAUGAUAUGCUUCUUGGUGAGGGGCAUUUUGCUAGUACAGACGCUCAAAUGCAAUAUGAUCCGGGUCUAUAUGCGCAAAUUCAAGCCGCGGGAACCAGGGCUUGGAGAAAACUCCCAGUGAAAGGGGAUUUUAGCUCUUCUUUCACCACAGUAAAGCAGGGCCCUGAUGAGCCGUUUUCAGAGCUUGUCCACAGACUUUUGACAGCUGCAGGCAGGCUUUUUGGUAAUGCAGAAGCUGGAAUGGACUUUGUCAAACAACUGGCUUAUGAAAAUGCCAAUGCGGCAUGCCAGGCAGCUAUCCGACCUUACAAAAAAAAAAAAAAACAGAUCUAUUGGGAUAUAUUCGCCUUUGCUCUGACAUUGGCACCACAUACCAGCAAGGCUUGGCGAUGGCCGCGGCUUUACAGGGCUAUACUGUUAAAGAUUUCCUAGCUCAAAAAGCUAAGGGUUGGUGUUUUAAUUGUGGAGAACCAGGGCAUUUUGCCAAAGACUGUAAAAAAGAGAGGUCACUUAAUCCAAAGAGGCCCCAGCCUCCAGGCCUAUGCCCCAAAUGUCAUAGGGGCUGUCAUUGGGCCAGUGAGUGUAAAUCUAAAACAGACAAUCAAGGAAAUCCCCUCCCCUCUCAGCAGGGAAACGGAGAGAGGGGCCAGCCCCAGGCUCUGAAACCCAAACAAGUUUAUGGGGCAGUCAGCUUUGUUCCAGCCAGCAGCAAUCCGUUUCAGACCUCUGCAGAGCCACCCCAGGAAGCGCAGGAUUGAACCUCUGUUCCACCUCCCACACAGUACUAACCCCUGAAAUGGGAGUGAAAAUUUUAUCCACAGGUGUGUUUGGUCCUCUACCCCCAAACACCUUUGGGCUAAUUAUUGGACGCAGCAGCAGUGCCGUCCAAGGACUCCAAAUUUUCCCAGGUGUAAUUGACAAUGAUUAUGAGGGGGAAAUUAAAUUAAUGGAUGCUUCCCCCUGAAAUAUCUCCACCGUACCCUAUGGCCAAAGAAUAGCCCAAUUAUUACUAUUACCCUUCUUGUCAACUAAUAAUAAGAUUAAAAUAAAGCACCGAGGUGCGGGAGGCUUUGGUUCCUCCAAUGUUUACUGGGCUCAAAAACCAGUGCUCACUCUAAGCCUGGAUGGCAAGGAAUUUCAUGGCCUUGUGGACACUAGGGCUGAUGUCACUAUAAUUAACAAAGAACUAUGGCCCAGCCAGUGGCCCUUUUCCCCAACCUUAACUCAUUUAAUAGGAAAUCGGUCAAAGCCAAAACCCUGAGAAAAGCACCAAGAUACUUACUUGGAAAGAUAAAGAUGGCAGUCAGGAAACCAUACAGCCUUUUGUCAUACCUGGCCUCCCUGUCAACCUUUGGGGACGAGAUCUCUUGUCCCAAAUGGGACUCAUAAUGUGUAGUCCUAAUGAUGUAGUGACAGCGCAAAUGCUUGCCCAGGGUUUUUGACCAGGAAAAGGAUUAGAAAAAGAGGAAUCGGGAAUUCCCAGCCCUCUACAAAUUACCAGAAAAACAGACAAAAAAGGACUAGAAAAUUUAUCUUAAGGGCUAUUGACAUUCCUGCAUGCCAUGCAGAUAGAAUCACUUGGAAAAGUGACGAACCUGUAUGGGUUGAUCAAUGGCCCCUCUCAAAAGAAAAAUUAGAGGCCGCUCAGCAGUUAGUGCAGGAACAACUAGAAGCUGGGGAUAUAGAGGAAAGCAACUCCCCAUGGAACACUCCAAUCUUUGUCAUAAAAAAGAAAUCAGGGCGAUGGAGACUAUUACAAGAUUUGAGAGCUGUAAACUCCACCAUGGUCCUCAUGGGGGCAUUGCAACCAGGAUUGCCCACUCCUGUGGCCAUCCCUCUUGGUUACUAUAAAAUUAUCAUUGAUCUUAAAGACUGUUUUUUCACUAUACCACUCCAUGAAUUAGAUCAAAAAAGAUUUGCAUUCAGUCUCCCCUCUAUCAACUUCAAGGAACCUAUGAAAAGAUUCCAAUGGAAAGUUUUACCACAGGGCAUGGCCAACAGCCCCACCUUAUGCCAAAAAUUUGUUGCAGCAACUAUUCAGGAAACUAGGCUUCGCUGGAACUCCAUGUACAUCAUUCAUUAUAUGGAUGAUUUCUUGUCGCUGGACAGAAUGCUCAGCAGGUUUUACUAUGUUACAGUGACUUAUCAUCCUCCCUCACAAACCAGGGACUUCAAAUAGCCCCAGAAAAGUUCAGCUAAAAGAUCCCUACCUUAGGGCGGCGCCUGUGGCUCAGUCAGUAAGGAGCCGGCCCAUAUACCAAGGGUGACGUGUUCAAACCCGGCCCCGGCCAAACUGCAACCAAAAAAUAGCUGGGCAUUGUGGCGGGUGCCUGUAGUCCCAGCUACUCCGGAGGCUGAGGCAAGAGAAUCACUUAAGCCCAGGAGUUGGAGGUUGCUGUGAGCUGUGUGAGGCCACGGCACUCUACCAAGGGCCAUAAAGUGAGACUCUGUCUCGACAAAAAAAAAAAAAAAAAAAAUAGAUCCCUACCUUUACCUUGGUUUCCACCUAACUGAACCCAGAAUUACUAAUACUCAAGCUGCCCUCAGAUUGGACAAAUUAAAAACACUAAAUGAUUUUCAAAAGCUCUUAGGGGAUAUAAACUGGCUUAGACCUUACUUGAAACUAACCACAGGGGAUUUAAAACUUUUAUUUGCUAUUUUACAAGGCGAUAGCAACUUCAAUUCCCCUAGAACAUUAACAGAAGAAGGCCGUCAAGGCUUUAGCAUUAGUACAACAAGCUAUUCAUUCACAAUUUGUUACAGCCAUAGAUACACUCAGCCCCUGAGCUACAUCAUUUGUAAAACUUCUCUUACACCCACAGCAGUAUUCUGGCAAAGUGCCCCUAUAAUGUGGAUCCACUUACCUGCUUCUCCCACGAAGGUUAUUUACCCCUAUUAUCAAGCUGUUGUGGAUAUCAUCAUUAUAGGAAGGGAAAAUAGUAAAAAAUACUUUGGUAAAGAACCAGAUAUCAUUAUACAGCCUUAUUCUCAGACACAAAUUAAUUGAUUAUUUCAAACUACAGAACAUUGGCCUAUUGCUUGUGCUUCUUAUUCAUGUAACUUGACAAUCGUUAUCCACCCAAUAAAUUAUUACAAUUCAUUAGUACACAUGACUUUGUAUUUCCCACAAGAACCUCCAACACCCCAUUGCCCAAUGCCUUAUUAAUUUUCACAGAUGGCUCCUCUUCUGGUCAUGCAGCUUACACCUUUAAUACAGAGAUUGUACAAUUUCAGGUAAAAUCAAAUUCUGCACAAAUUGUAGAACUUCAAGCAGUUAUCGCAGUUUUCUCCGCAUUCCCCAAUCGAGCUUUAAAUAUUUAUACUGAUAGUGCUUAUUUAGCUCAUUCAGUUCCCUUAUUAGAGACAGCAGCACAAAUCAGGCAUGUAUCAGAAACCGCUACCUUUUUCUUACAACUCCAAAAUCUUAUACACCAAAGGACCCUCCCCUUUUUCAUUGGACAACUUAGGGCUCACUCCAAUUUACCUGGCCCCCUAACUGAUGAUAACCGCAGAACAGACAGAGCCACUCACUUAGUCUGUACUGCCCAAACCACCACAGAGCCUGAUCGGAUCGCAUUAGCCUCCGCUGCUCACCAAUUACAUCAUCUAAACGCUCACACCCUUAGACUCAUGUUUCAAAUUACCCGAGAACAAGCCCGCCACAUCGUAAAGCAAUGCCCUUCUUGUGUAAUUCUACUCCCUACUCCCCAUCUAGGAGUAAAUCCUCGAGGUCUUAUACUCAAUGCCAUCUGGCAAAUGGAUAUUACUCACCUACCUGAAUUUGAGAAACUCAAGUAUAUUCAUGUGACCAUAGAUAACUUCAGUGAAUUUAUUCAUGCCACUGGCCAGUCAGGGGAGGCCGGCAAACAUGUCAUUGCCCAUGUACUAGCCACCAUGGCUGUACUAGGCACCCCUAAACAAAUUAAAACUGAUAAUGGUCCAGGAUACACAGGACAUGCAUUUAACACCUUCAGUAAACACCUCAAUAUCAAACACAUCACUGGAAUACCACAUAACCCAGAAGAACAAGGCAUAGUAGAAUGUGCCCACAUAGCCCUUAAAAACACUCUAGAAAAAAUAAAGAAGGGGGAAUGGUAUCCUGUUAAGGGGUCCCCAAGAAAUCUCUUAUCCCAUUCAUUACUCAUUUUAAAAUUUUUCACACUGAACCAAGGCGGCCAGUCUGCAGCAGACCACUUCUGGCACCCAGAUACUAAACGGGAUUUUGCUACUGCCUUGUGGAAAGACCCAUUAGAUAAUAAAUGGCACAGCCCCGAUCUGGUUCUAAUUUGGGAUAGAGGUGCCGUAUGCAUAUAUUCACAGGAGAUGGAAGCAGCAUGAUGGUUACCUGAACGAUUGAUCAAACAAGUAGAUAACAUCAUCACCUCUAAAUCCAGGGAGCAAGAGACCCCCCUGAGAAGGCUUUCUUUCCUUUUCUUUGCAGGUAACUAUGAGCACCUGGACGUGGCUACUGCUGGGGAUCUCUCUCAUGAUACGAAAAAAUGAAGGUGGUUUCGGUAGUCCCCAAGAGGCUCGGGCACUCUUACAAAAAUUAACUGGUACUCCUUGCGAGUGCCGUGGUGGCACCUGGGACGGACCACCAUGGAAUAAAAGUUGAACUCAGUAACAAGAGGAAUCUCCACAUGCAUAUAAAAACAUAGAAACUAAAUAACCUCAUGCUGAACAAUCUCUGGGUCACAGACGAGAUUAAGAAGGAAAUUACCAAAUUUCUGGAACAAAACAAUAAUGAAGAAACAAACUAUCAGAACCUCUGGGAUAAAGUAAAGGCAGUCCUAAGAGGAAAAUUUAUAGUGUUGCAAGCCUUCCUCAAGAGAAUGGAAAGAGAGGAAGUCAAUAACUUAAUGGGACAUCUCAAGCAACUGGAAAAGGAAGAACUUUCCAAACCUAAACCCAGCAGAAGAAAAGAAAUAACUAAAAUUAGAGCAGAACUAAAUGAAAUUGAAAACAAAAGAAUCACACAACAGAUCAACCAAAGAGUUGGUUUUUUGAAAAGGUCAAUAAAAUAGAUCAGUCGUUGGCUAACCUAACCAGAAGUAGAAGAGUAAAAUCCCUAAUUUCAUCAAUCAGAAAUGAUAAAGGCCAAAUAACAACGGACUCCUCAGAAAUUCAACAAAUCCUUAAUGAAUACUACAUAAAACUCUACUCUCAGAAGUAUGAAAAUCUGAAGGAAAUAGAUCAAUACCUGGAAACAUGCCACCCUCCUAGACUUAGCCAGAAAGAAAUGGAAAUGUUGAACAAGCCUAUAACAAGCACUGAACUAGCAUCAACUAUAAGAAAUAUCCCCCAAAAGAAAUGCCCAGGAACAGAUGGCUUCACAUCAGAAUUCUACCAAACCUUUAAAGAGGAACUAGUACCUAUAUUACUUAAUCUUUUCCAAAACAUAGAAAAAGAAGGAAUACUUCCCAACACAUUCUAUGAAGCAAAUAUCACCCUGAUACCCAAACCAGGGAAAGACCCAACAAGAAAAGAAAAUUAUAGACCAAUAUCUCUAAUGAAUACUGAUGCCAAAAUAUUCAAUAAGAUCCUAGCAAACAGAACCCAACAAAACAUCAAACAAAUUAUACACCACAAUCAGGUGGUUUCAUCCCAGGGUCCCACGGAUGGUUCAAUAUACGUAAAUCCAUAAAUAUAAUACAUCACAUAAAUGAAUUAAAAAACAAGACCACAUGAUGCAGAAAAAGCUUUUGACAAUAUCCAGCACUCUUUCUUGAUCAGAACACUUAAGAAAAUAGGUAGAGAUGGAACAUUUCUUAAACUGAUAGAGGCCAUCUACAGCAAACCCACAGCCAUUCAUAGUGAAUGGAGUAAAAUUGAAAUCAUUUCCACCCUGAUCAGGAACCAGGCAAGGAUGCCCACGGUCUCCACUGCUUUUUAACAUUGUAAUGGAAGUCUUACCCAUCGCAAUCAGACAAGAGAAGGCAAUCAAGGGGAUCCAAAUAGGACCAGAGGAGAUCAAACUGUCACUCUUCACAGACGAUAUGAUUAUAUUUCUGGAAAACUGCAGGGAGUCAACUACAAAACUCCUAGAAGUGAUCAAGGAAUAUAGUAACGUCUCAGGAUACAAAAUUAACACUCAUAAAUCUGUAGCCUUUAUAUACACCAACAAUAGUCAAGGGGAAAAAACAAUCAAGGAUUCUAUUCCCUUUACAAUAGUGCCAAAGAAGAUGAAAUAUGUGGGAGUGUAUCUAACUAAGGACGUGAAAGAUCUCUAUAAAGAGAACUAUGAAACUCUGAGAAAAGAAAUAGCUGAAGAUGUUAACAAAUGGAAAAAUAUACCAUGCUCAUGGCUGGGAAGAAUCAACAUUGUUAAAAUGUCUAUACUCCUAAAGCAAUUUACACAUUUAACACGAUCCCUAUUAAAGCACCUCUGUCAUACUUUAAAGACCUGGGAAAAUUAUUACUUCGUUUUAUAUGGAAACAGAAAAAAAACCAAAAAUAGCCAAGACAUUACUCAGAAAUAAAAACAAAUCAGGAGGAAUCACGCAUUCAGACUUUAGACUAUAUUAUAAAUCAAUAGUGAUCAAAACAGCAUGGUACUGACACAAAAAUAGAGAGGUGGAUGUAUGGAACAGAACUGAAGACCAAGAGGUGAACCCAGACACUUAUUGUCAUUUCAUUUUUGAUAAGCCUAUUAAAAAUAUAAAUUGGGGGAAAGAUUCCCUAUUCAAUAAAUGGUGUUGGACGAAUUGGCUGGCAACUUGUAGAAGACUGAAAUUGGAGCCACACCUUUCUCCUCUAACAAAAAUGGACUCUCACAGGUUAAAGGACUUAAACUUACAACAUUAAACUAUAAAUAUUCUCAGAAAGAGUGCAGGGGAAACGCUUGAAAAAAUUGGCCUGGGAGAAUACUUCUUGAGGAAGACACCCCAGGCAAUUGAAGCAACAUCAAAAAUACAUUACUGGGAUCUGAUCAAAUUAAAAAGCUUCUGCACUGCCAGGAACACACUAAGUAAAGCAAACAGAAUGGGAGAGGAUUUUUGCAAGUUAUACCACCAACAAAGAUCUAAUAACCAGAAUCCACAGAGAACUCAAACUUAUUACUAAGCAAAAAACAACUGAUACCAUUUCAUUGUGGGCAAGAGACAUGAACAGAAGCUUCUCUGAAGAAGACAGGCGCAUAGUCUACAGACACAUGAAAAAAUGCUCAUCAGAGAAAUGCAAACCAAAACCUCUCUGAGAUACCAUCUAACUCCAGUAAGAGUAGCCCACAUCACAAAAUCCCAAGACAAGAGAUAUUGGCGUAGAUGUGGAGAAAAGGGAACACUUCUGCACUGUUGGUGGGAAUGCAAGCUAGUACGUUCAUUUUGGAAGGAAAUUUGGAGAACUCUCAGGGACCUGCCAUUUGAUCCUGCAAUUCCUCUUCUAGGUGUAUAUCCAAAGGAUCAAAAUUCAUUUGGCAAUAAAGAUAUUUGCACCAGAUUGUUCACUGCAGCUCAAUUCAUAAUAGCCAAGUCAUGGAGGAAGCUCAAGUGCCCAUCGACCCAUGAAUGGAUUAAUAAAUUGUGGUAUAUGUAUACCAUGGAAUACUAUACAGCAUUACCUCUUUUAUGUUUACAUGGAUGGAGCUGGAAAAUAUUCUUCUUAGUAAAGUAUCUCAGGAAUGGGAAAAAAAGUAUCCAAUGUACUCAGUACUACUGUGAAACCAAUUUAUAAUAACUCACACUUGCAUAUAAAAAAUGAAACACAACUGUAGCCUAAGAUGAAGGAGGGAAGAGGAAGGAGAGGGAUGGGGAGUGGGUGGGAAGGACAGUAGGGGGACCACAACUAUGGAGCACAUUGCAAGUACAAGUUGGAUCUAUCAUGUGUAGAACACAAAUGUCCUAAUGUUAUAACUGGGUAAAUGAGGUGAAGGCUGUAUUGAUUAGUAUGAUGUAAGCACUGCAAUUUGUACAAAUAAUCAACACGCUGAAAUUGGCAUAAAUGUAUUUAUGAUCUAUGUACAAAAGACUUCAUAAAAAUAAAAAUGAAAAAAAAGGAACAU